UCUCUCUCUCUCCCUCUCCCCCCCUCCCGUGCCUUUUCUCUACGGUGAACAAAGCGAUGGAUUGGGCAAGUGGCGGUGCCGGCGACAUGUCCGCUCACUUUCAGGACUGGUGCCUCAGGACCUACGGCGAUCUGGGCAAAACAAAGACGGUGACGCGGAUGAAAUACCAGCGGAUUGUGCAGCUACUGAGCGGCGCCGAGCCCGGCUCGGCCGACAAUGCCAAAUUCAAAUUCUGGGUCAAAUCCAAAGGUUUCCAGUUGGGGCUGAGCGACCCGAGGACAGAUGUUGCCGCCAAGACAGCGGUGUUCGUCCCGGUCAAAACCACGACUGGAGAUGGAGUCACAGCUAAGGACAGCAUCUCUCUGAAACGUGUGGCGGUUGUGGAGGAUUUUUUCGACAUUAUUUAUUCUAUGCACGUGGAAACGGGGACAGAGACCGGGAGGACGGCGAAACACGCCGGCCAGAAACGGACUUACAAAGCGAUAGCUGAAACGUACGCAUUCCUCCCAAGAGAAGCAGUGACAAGGUUUCUAAUGAGCUGCACUGAAUGUCAAAAACGAAUGCACAUAAACCCAAAUAGUGUGGACUCAAAAGAAAAUGAAAGACCUUCAUCACUGGCUGGGGUGAUAGAUUAUAACAUGCCCAUAACUGCCACAUACCUGAAACAGAUGAAACUCCAAUUUAUGUGUGGAUCUCAAGAACUGGAUGGAAGUUCAGUGAGCAGUGAUGAUUUUGAUAUGAGCAACACCACAUGGAUUUCAACUGACCAGUUUGUGAAUUCCGAUAUAAGCCCCAGUCAAGAAGAAAAAAUGCACAGCCCUCAGAACCUACACAACCAGGAAGAUGAUGACUCCUCCUCAGAAUGUUGCAGUGGGAAUGGCUCCACAACCUUGAACCCGGCGACCUCGAACAGUGCACAAGGAGGCAGCACCUUGGUGGAGGUGAAUGGAAACAGCUCGACUGGCUUGGAAUACAGUGGCAGUCCAGAGGACCAGCCCGUCAACCUGAGCGAGCGCUUUCUACCUGCUCAAGUGGACAAUGGAAGUACGGACGGACCACGGAACCGGGCCAAAUACAUGGGCAAAGGCUCUUCAGAUGUUAGAUUGAACAAGUUAGAUGUUACAAGAGAAUAUUCCAGAAAGUCUCCGCCCUACAGCUCAGGAAGUUAUGACUCUGGGAGAAACGAGCUUCUGGGGACUUGUCCCGAGGACCUGUCGAUGACCAGAGGUGGAGACGACGAUGAUGACGAACAUGAUGACCAUGAAGACAAUGAGAAGAUUAAUGACUCCGAGGGAAUGGAUCCCGAGCGACUGAAGGCCUUCAAUAUGUUCGUGCGGCUGUUUGUGGAUGAAAACCUGGACCGAAUGGUUCCCAUUUCGAAACAGCCCAAGGAGAAGAUUCAGGCCAUCAUUGAGUCAUGCAGCCGGCAGUUCCCCGAGUUCCAGGAGCGAGCCCGGAAACGCAUACGCACUUACCUCAAGUCCUGCAGGCGGAUGAAAAAAAACGGCAUCGAACUGGCAUCUCGCCUACACACCUCCUCCUUCAGACAGGAGGACAGGGAAGAGGGGGCUUCCAACUUCUUCAUGUCUACAGUCGCUGCUGCAGCUCCGCCAUCGGCCAGCAGGAAGCGCACUUGCUGGAGGGUGAGACGGACUCCGGGCUUUCCUUCCUCUGAGGCACGGCCCACCCCUCCACACCUCACCUCAGCGAUGGCUGAGAACAUUCUGGCUGCUGCAUGUGAGAGUGAAAGUCGGAAAGCUGCAAAGCGAAUGCGACUGGAAUCCUACCAGCAGCAGCAGGACGAACCGAUUGCACUAGACAAGCAGACGCAACAAGGCAGGGAAGCAGCCCAGCUCCCGCACAGCGCGUACCCACUGCCAACCAGCACCUACUCACAGGAUCAGAUGUACAUCAACGGAGGCCUGAAUUACGCUUACCGUGGUCACAGCACUAUUGGAGGACUGCAGGCUGGCUCCCUCAGCAAUGGGCCGACGGACCUGAGCAUGAAGGCGCUGACCUCAAAUUCGACUUCAUCCAGCACGAGCUCGAGCAGGAGCGUGACGGCCCCACAGCUCAGCCCGACAGAAAUCAACGCCGUGCGCCAGCUCAUCGCCGGCUACAGAGAGUCGGCUGCCUUCCUCCUCCGCUCCGCAGACGAACUGGAAAACCUGAUCCUGCAACAGAACUGACUCCCGGCAGCAGAGUCCUGGUGAUGAAAGUCCACGUUCUGUAGUUAGCCAGAUGCAAAGUGGACGUUGGGAGGGGUGAGCGAGCUCCCUCUUGUUACAUGAUGGCCAUUAACCCACUGCUGCUAUGGAAGUGAGAACGCCACCAACCUUUAACCUCAGACCUCCAUCAGGACCGCGCGUGUGUGCGUGCGUGCGUACGUGCGCCUUCAACCCAAGGACCUCAUUCACCAGAGUAUCUUCAUCUCCUCUGCUGGCAGCGCACACUGGAAGAUUCGACACGAGCAAGGACUCGGCCCCUGGCCCAGGCAGCUCCUGACCAGUUGCCACACAGACCCACACAGCAUCCAUAUCCCAGGUGCUAUACCUAGUUAUGCUGCUAACAGAAAUAACCGAAUCUAGGCCUCUGGAAGAACAAUAGAGCAGAGGAUUUCAUCUCUAUUGGUUCCGAGUUUGUUUCCGGUCAUUAGUUUGAUAUGAGGAUUGUAGCAUUACACAGUACUCGACUCAUUUACAAAAGCUUUGUCAUCACCAGCCCACGAUUGUUCCCCAGAUUCACCAACUAAUCCACUCUCUACGGUGAAGCCCGCCCUCUAUUCCUGCUGAGAUUUGCGGGCACACAUGGUCAGGAAUCACACAUAAAAUGCCCUGACACUAAAUGUCAUCACCCUUAAACUAACAAGGCCAGAGGUAGAUGCAUUGAUGGCUCUAGAGUGAUAUUUGUGUACAAGACACACAGCUGUGAUCCACCCCAGUCAACAGGUGAGGCUACUUCAUUAGUACUGGACAUACAAGCUCUGUAGAAUGUUAAUGUGUGUUUCAAUCUCAGGAUGAGAUUGCCUGAAAAAUAUAUAGCAUUUGUAGCCUGUAAUUGUGUAAUGUUCCAUACAGUGUCAUGAUUAAAACCAGCUAUGCUUAAAACUGGAGCUUCGACUUUUAGAAUAGGCCUUUCAGUAAAGCCUUCUAUCUAGUGUCAGCGGAAGGAAAACCCUAUUGUAAAAGUCAAAGCUCCAGUUUUAAGCAGAGCAGGUUCAAAUCAGACUCUGUUAUUAUUUGGUUUAAUUAGCAGUGGGGUUGUAACACAGUCAGGUCACGACUCAUCUGUGAAGCAAACCAGAGGGUGACGGUGUAUAAUGGAGAGCACACUCGUCUGUUUUAACACCACACGCCUUCUGUAUCAAAGAAAGAGAAACAAUAUCGUUCAUCAAAUGUAGAACGUGUAAACACCUAAUAUGCGAGCGUGGGCCCGCACUAUUUACGCAUGUACUUGCAGCAGUUUGAGGAAAAGAAAAUGAUUGAGUAAAUCAGUGAAUGAGUAUUGCCUGACUAGAAUGAACUCAUUAAAUGCAUCUGACAGGUUACAUUUCACAGCCUGUUCUGUUCUUAUAUUUAGUCCUCAAAUCCCAUCAGAUAACUUUCACUUUAUUCACUGCCAAAUACUUAAUUUCAAAUCCUGCAAAGUUUAAGUUUUUGUUUCUUCAGCAAAUAAAAAAUACGCACCGUGAAUUUGUCCAGAGCUCAGGUAACUAUUUAUACCAAGGGAACGUUUUUACUGUUUUUAUAAAAAAAAAGUGAAUACUGUGAAACCAAAAACUGGUUUGUCAUUUUAUACAUUUCUCUAAGUCUGCUUUUAAUAGUUGCCAUUAGCUACAAAAAUAGUUGUUCCAGGUCUUUUAUUGUAAAAAAUCAACACUGUGUUUGGAAAGUUUCCAAUGAAAGGUGAAACUUUCUUCACUGGCACCGAGCUGUAUAAAUAUUUGCAUUAGAUCGCUCUAAGGCAGUACUUUGUUGAAGAAGGAACUGCAGAUGCUGGAACAAUCGAAGGGAGACAAAAAUGCUGGAGAAACUCAGCGGGUGAGGCAGCAUGUAUGGAGCGAAGGAAUGGGUGACGUUUUGGGUCGAGACCCUUGGGUCUCCCAUUCCUUCGCUCCACUGAUGCUGCCUGACACGCUGAGUUUCUCCAGCAUUUUUGUCUACCUUUAACCUAUACUUUGGUUUGUUUCAUUUCAGCGGCAAAGCUUGGGUUUUUUUCGGGUCAGUAACCAUGCUCCAUGCAUUCAGGGAUGAACUCAUUAACUUUGGAGAAAUAUCUACCUGUUAGACAAGUUUCAGAUGCUGCCAGUUAACCCUCGAGAUAAGAUUAAAUGGAUUUCCUACCAGCCACUAGAUGAUGUUAGUUUUCCAAAGAAUUCUAUCGAAACUUGCUUUAUUUAUACUGCGGAAAUCGCUCAUAUUUUCUGCGAGGAUUCAACAAUGGAUGCAUUUUUUGCAAGGGCAGAAAUAAACCUUUAACUCUAGUUAACUCGAGGAAAGUAAGUGUACGUCACUUGCUGUCUGCAGUGUAAAAUAACCUACUUUUAAAACAAGCCUCCGUUGAACUAUGUGGAAAGAUUACUUCAGGAGUGAUCUUAACCUAAGCCCACCAAAUGGGUUACUUACUCAUUUUUAACCUAUGAUGUAAAAAGGCUUUUUACGAGAUACUUCUACCUCAGUUUUCCCGUCAGUGUAAGUCAACUAGGAACUGUAGCAUAUGUCAGACUCUCACGCACAGGUUUACAUCACUCCUAACGCCACCUUUCCACUGAUCCAGAAAAUGAAACCACUUCUUCCUAAUCAUUGAAUACAUUGCUGGCACAUGGGACUGGAUUCCAUCCUGGAACUCAACUACAGCUACAGGCUGGCCACCACAACAGGACAUGUCAACACAUUCCAUCUUUUGUCAUAAUGGAUAAUUCUCAUUAAACAAACAUCUAUAAUAAUUGGAGAUUUAAUUUUACAGGGAAACAUUUUAAAAUCCAUGUUAACUGUGGAUAGAUGAGCCCACCAUCAUUAAAGCAGUAAGUGAUGCCGUUUGACUCUAAUGCAACCACACAUCUCCCUCACUGUGUGAUAAACAGCUGUGUUCCACCCCACCCAUCCGACCAAAGGCCAGAGCAAAUCCAGCAACAUUCACCUGGAUAGACAAAUGAGAAACCGCUCUUCCACCAGACCUCAAGAAAUCGGACCAAAAAAGGAGAGAGACAAGGAGAAGAACAACUUCGAAGCAGGAGAGUUCCAGAGAGAUGCAGGAGUCCAUGUAAGCAACGGCUUUGGCCCUCAUAUCAACAAGAGGGUUUGAAAAUGACAGAGAGGACCUACACAAAACUGGCUAGACGACAGCUAGCGAACUGUGUAUAUUUCCCACAUACUGGACGUAUUAGCCUUGGAGCCGAGCUGCACAGGUUCGCCACAACAUUGUGUAGGAAGGAACUGCAGAUGCCGGUUUAAACCAAAGAUAGACACAAAAGCUGGAGUAACUCAGUGGGUCAGACAGCAUCUCUGGAGAAAAGGAAUAGGUGACGUUUCGGAUCGGAAGAAGGGUCUCACCUGAAACGUCAUCUAUUCCUUUUCUCCAGAGAUGCUGUCUGACCCGCUGAGUUGUGUCCAGCACCUUGCGUCUACCUUCACCAGAACACUACCAGCAUUAAUCUGAGGAAAUACAGAAACUGGGCUUGUAUUCCUGGAAAAAUGAAAGGUUUAGGAGGUAAUAUUAUCAAAAACAUUAAGACUUUGAAAUAGAUUGAUAGAGUUAAUAGAAAAUAUUUCUACUGUUAAACAAGGCUUGAAUAUAUGUCAAAUGCUGAGGUCAACACCAGAGAUUCACAAGUGAGAAUGGAGGGUGACAUUCAGGGGGUAUGGAGAGAAGGCAGGUACGGGAUACUGAGUUGGAUGAUCAGCCAUGAUCAUAUUGAAUGGUGGUGCAGGCUCGAAGGGCCGAAUGGCCUACUCCUGCACCUAAUUUCUAUGUUUCCACAAAAGGAAGAGGAUGGUAUUGAUUUAAUAAUUUACAGUUUAAUGGACUGUUUGUAACGUGUGGCUGUGACUGGAGCCUGGUCGGGUAUGGUCACUGGAGAUGGGCAACAUGUUCACCAUGAUUUCAUUAACUGGAGGAGCAGACAUCCAACCCUGCUCCCAACCUAGUCCUCAGUCUGUGCACCUUUUAACAAACGCAGCCUUUGUUGAGAGCUUUCUGAAACACCUCUUCCUCCACAUUUCAGACUAAUUAGCCUUCACUUUCUGCGGGUAUCUGGUGCAUUUAAAAGUUCAUUCUGGUGUAUUUAAAAUAAUAAUUCUUAAGAUAUUUUUUAAAAGUCCACCUCAUACUGGAAAUGCUACUAUCCUCAUAACAGCUCAGUUGUACAGACCAAUGGCAUGAAUGGAUUUUGAAUUGUUUGUCAGGACUGUAAUAGUUAAAAGGCGAUGAAAGUUUCUUGUAACCUCAUUCAUACACGUCUGGGACCUCGUUCAAGCUGAACAGCAGGUGAUGUUUUAAGCUAUUUGUCCUUGUGAGUGCUUUGUGUGCCACACAGAGUAACCUUUUUUUUUAAAUAAGAGAGGGGGUGGGGGGGGGGCAAUUGUUUUUUUAAUGUACAGGAUGUUGCAAGGUUUUGUUCUGUGUGGGUUGUUGUCCUUAGCAGUUCCAGAAAAGGGACAGAGAAAAAAGAAAUAGGCAAAAGACAAUCUUAGCCCCCUUUGAUGCUGUGACUAACUUUUUCAUAAGUGCAGCUAGUGAGUAAAAUAGGGGGACCACUAAGUAUUUUUCAGCCAUAACUUAAGUCACUGAAAUGCUGUUGCACAAUAAAUAGUUCUGAGGACUGUGUGAUUAUACAGUCACCAUUCAAAGAUCUUAACCCUUUGAGUGCUGAUUUUUUAGACAAGAAUAUUCCAACUGUUAGGCUGUUUACGUUGGUGACCUGCUGUACUGUCGCACCCUUUUGCAGAAAAUGCUGACCACACAGAAGACAUUUUCCGCAUGGAAUCCAUUCCUAGUGACACUGAACAAUGUUAACCCUCCUGUUGCAAAUGUUCCCCGUAGAAUUGAAAGGAUUAAUAAGCAUUAACUGGCUAGAAUUUGAUGUGUCGUACAGUUGCAGUCAGCAAAUUAACUGGAUGUUGUUAUGAAACAACACAAUAGCGGUGCUUUUGAUUUAUGUUGACGGGGAAGAGGAGAAUUUGUUUCCUUAACUGUUUGUACCUAAUACCAAUGUGAACUUUGUAUUUCCUUCUGAUUUUUGACUCGGUGAAAGUGUGGCUGUUUACAUGUACAGAUUUUGCGAUUGUGUUCUCCAAUACCCUGUAUUAAUGCUGUAGAAAAAAAUAACCCAAAUUCUUUUAAUAUUUAUUGCAUAUACACCGUGAAUAUGUUUUCAAAUACAUGUGGCUAAUUAUUUUGAUUAUUCGUGUUGAUAUACGUAAAGCAAAUGAGUUUUUGUAUUUUUUGUUUGCUAAAUAAAUAGCAUGGGCAGUUCCACUUACAUAUUCACUUUAAUUAUGAACCAAUGAUCUUGCUGGAGCUGCCAGUAUGGUGUCAAACUAGCAAAAUGCACUGGUUUCAUUCAACUCUGUAGAAUAUCUUUGUACUAUAUACAUAUAUAAGAUGGAGUACUAAUAAAACCAAUAUACUGUGUAUCAGAAAAAACAGACAGAUGUUAAUGUUCUUUGUUAUUUAAGUGAUGCGUUUCGUACUUAUGGACAUGAGCAAUCAGAGAUGGGAAUUAAUAGCUGCCCAACUCGUAUUCCAAUAUCAAAACAUUUGUAGGAAAGAACUGCAGAUGCUGGUUUAAAUCGAAGGUAGACACAAAAUGCUGGAGUAACUCAGCGGGACAGGCAGCAUCUCUGGAGAGAAGGAAUGGGUGACGUUUCGGGUCGAGACCCUUCUUCGGACUAUAUUAUUAAUAUUAAUUGGUGACUGGUUACAACUUCAUUUAAUACGCAAAUGAAUCACAAAUACUCCCAGAAAGAGUUCUGGGUGACAUUACGUCAAUCACUCCAUGUACCUGCUUUGGUUUUCCA